GAACCACAAAAGUCGACGAUACCGCCGCGGUAAGGAAGUGGGAAACAUUGCUCAGCUGCUUCCUGUCAGACUGCUUCAGCUCCUUCGAAAUUCUGUCGCCAUCGCACACCGCCGACUACUUCGCCUAUACAAGUUGCUCACAGGUCCCUCCUUCCACGUAGACCCUCUUCAGCCGCGGCUACGAGCGCAAUUGGAAUAGACCAAGCAUAAGAGGGGCAGUUCCUCUCUGACUCUCGCCGAGUACACAGUACACAUCAAACAUAACACUCGCACGACAACCGCCGCUAUGUCCUUUUCCAACUUGGUCAACGAUCUGUCCCGCCGCGAACGACCGAAUUCGGACAACACAAUCAUAUCUCGCAACUCCCAGCAGGAUACCCGAUCCACAUACUCUCGAGCACGAUCGUACGCCUCGACAGCAGCCACGAGUGUCAGCAUAAGCGGCGACAUUUCCAGCCAGCUUCAUGGAGGCUACUCACAUCCAUUGGCAAGAGCAUGGCAAGCAGAGCGGCAAUUGACCAAGAGCAUGCUCAUCUACCCGCUCUUCAUCACGGACAACCCAGAUGAGAUGACCGGCAUUCCAAGCCUGCCGAACCAAAAGCGCAUGGGUCUGAACAGGGUCGUGCCAUUCCUACAACCUCUUGUCGCAAAGGGGCUGAAGAGCGUGAUUCUGUUCGGUGUGCCUCUUGCACCAACAGCUAAGGAUGCUCUGGGCACCGCAGCAGACGACCCGCAAGGACCUGUAAUCUCUGCGAUCCGCUUGAUCAGGAAGGCCUUCCCGCAAAUGUUCAUUACUGCGGAUGUAUGUCUUUGCGAAUACACAUCUCAUGGACACUGCGGUAUCCUGCACGAGGACGGCUCCCUCAACAAUGCUCUUUCGGUAGACAGAGUCUCAGACGUCGCGAUCGCAUAUGCUGAAGCUGGUGCCCAUUGUGUGGCGCCUUCCGAUAUGAACGACGGACGUAUCCGAGCAAUCAAGCUCAAGCUCAUCGAAGCUGGCAUUGCGCACCGAAUAGUGCUCAUGUCAUACUCGGCCAAAUUCAGCGGCUGUCUGUACGGACCUUUCAGAGAUGCCGCGGGCUCAUGUCCCAGCUUUGGCGACAGGAAAUGCUACCAAUUGCCACCCGGGGGACGAGGACUUGCACGGAGAGCGAUCGAGCGAGAUAUCAGCGAAGGUGCAGACAUCAUCAUGGUGAAGCCGGCGACACAAUAUUUGGACAUCAUUUCGGACGCGAAGGAGAUUGGCAAGAACAUGCCAGUGGCUGCAUACCAUGUGAGCGGAGAGUACGCAAUGAUUCAUGCGGCUGCAAAGGCAGGAGUGUUUGAUCUGAAGACGAUGGCAUUCGAGGCUACAGAGGGUAUUCUGAGAGCGGGCGCAACGAUUGUGGUCUCGUACUUCACGCCCGAAUUUUUGGACUGGCUGGAGACAUGAGAGAGUCAGCUACAGCGAAACAGUAUGUAGAGCACUUUCAAUUUUGAUCGCAUUUCCGCUCCUG